AUGCUGAAUCAAUUGUGGAAGGCGAGAAACUCCAUGGUGUUUGAGGAAAGGGUGUUGCAGAUCGAAGAAGAAUUGGAAAAAGUUAGAUCCCUCUUUAAGGAAUUUUGGCAAACCCAGAUCAGAGAGGAAACGAGGACAAGAAGGAAUGAACAGGAGCAUCCAUUAAUGCAAAAUUGGGAGUGCCCACCAAACUCUGACUUGAAAGUUAAUGUUGACACUGCAAUCUUCAGAAAUUUUAAUGGUGGUGUGGGAGUGGUAGUUAGAGACAAUUGGGACCAAAUAAUGGCAGUAGCUUCAUGGGUCAUACCAUACCCACUUGAACCACGAGAGGCAGAGGCUUAUGCAGCCUUUGUUGGUAUAAAAUUAGCAAUGGAGUGUUAUUUUACUAAUAUUAUAUUAGAGAGUGACAAUAUAGGUAGUGAAUGCUCUCAAAAAGCAGGUAAUUUGGACUCUUGUUUUGGAACUUUCAUUAUUGAUGCCCUAGACCUAGUAAGUAAUUUUAGAUCAGUUAGUUUCAAUCAUGUAAAGAGAGGUGGAAACAAAAUUGCUCAUGAACUAGCAUAA